UGGCAAUUCGGGUCAGCAGGUCGGGUUCGGAUCAGAUUUCGGGUCGAUUUCGGGUUAUGCUUAGAAACUAUUAAAAAUAGUGUAAAACUUAAUAUUAUUACGAAAGAUGAAAUUUGGGUCAAAUCGGGUCGAAUUCGAAUUGUUUGGGUUCGGUUCAGGUCGGGUUCGGGUCUCUCUCAGUAACUUCGGGUCGGGUUCGGUUCGGGUUUUCGUGUCGGGUCAGGGUUUGCCAUUCCUUAUUUCUUACAAUUAAUUUUCAUGGAUUCCGACCAACCUACUCCAUUCUCCGGUAAUCGGCGGCAACAUCAACCCUAAUUUAUAACUCCAAAUUCGUCUGUAUUCAUGUAAUUCAACUUCAAUUCCAGCUGUGUCAUGUGCUUUAAUUAACUUAAUAAAGAACGAGAAGGAGCUGCUUGAGCUUCCUGAAACAGAUAGUGGACACAAUGAGGGAAGCAGAUGUGGGUCAACUUGCAGAAUCAAUUUCUGGUUCUCGAUGCACCAGAUCACAUUUACAAGCAGCAGCGGUGUGGACUGCACAAGAUAUGCUUAUUCUUGUGAAUGAAAUUGCUGCUGUUGAAGGGGACUGGAAAAAUUCUCUGUCAACUCAUCAAAAAUGGACCAUUAUAUCAGAAACUUGUACUGCACUGGGAGUAGGAAAGACUGCAAACCAGUGCCGCAGAAAGUGGCAGUCCUUGCUUGCUGAUUACAAUCUUGUCAAGGAAUGGAAAUUGAACUCUGGGAGUGAUUCUUACUGGUCUCUUGGAUGUGAUAGGAGAAAAGAAGCUGGCCUUCCUUUGGAAUUUGACAAAGACCUGUAUAAAGCUAUGGAGGAUUUCAUGAAGGCAUCAGAUAGGGCAGAUACAGACCCAGAAUGUGAUCCGGAUGCUGGAGAGGUUGAUGUUCUUGAUGCUGAGGAAUCCGGUCCAAAACCCAAAAAGCGAAGGCGCCGGUCAAUCCCUAAAAAACGGUUAUCUGAAGGGAGGAAACAGCCUGCAACAGAGGUAGAGCAUGUGAUUCCAGAGCCUCCUGUUGCUGAAGACAUGGAGCAAAUCCUGGCUGCAAAACUCAUGGAGAACACAGAGCUGAUCCAUGCCAUACUUGCAGGAAAUGUUACUGAAAAUGUUGAUGAGGACUUGACCAGUGUAAGAAAUGAGGAGUCCCUGAAGACUGAAAAUGUGAUACGUAAAGCUGACAAGCUUGUUGCGUGCCUUGGAGAUCUUGCCAAAAAUCUGGAACACCUUUGUGGUGCAGUGGAGAAAGGUUAACAAGGUACCUCUGACCUCUAUAAUAGCAGUUUAGCGCUAACUGACUAAUUUUACAGGUAUAGACUUUAGUGACCAUGUCAAUUUUAUUGUUGAUAAUGGUAAAUCAAUUUUGUUGAUGAGAGUUACUAUUUUUAGUAUUCAAUGCUGUAUGGAUUUUUGUCUAUUUAUGGAAAUGCAGGGCUGCCAUAUUCAUCUCGGAGA